AUGCUGCAACUUGAGGCACGAGAGCGGCUCCUGCGACGCCUGAGCGGUAAGGGCGCAGACACUUUGGGCUGGACAGGCUGCGUUGGCCAUGUGGUGAGGAUUGUGUUGGGCACUGGUGAGGAUUGGGCGGCCGGGGAUCAGGAUUGGGAUGAGUCUUUCUUUGCUGCUGGACAAAGGGUAGAGAAGCGCAAGGGACAACACACAGGCAUGCCAGUCGCUUUAAAAGGCACGAGCACAGCAGCAGUAGGCGGCUCCGUCGAAAUCCGUCAUUUAUUUUUGGAGAAGCAUCGCAAGUAUUCUGUGCCAUUUGCCACUUUUUCGUUGCCCAGCCGCAGCAAUCAAAACUUCAACUCCUCUCUGUGUUGUCAUCAAGAGAAAAAGCAUAGCCAAACCAUCAAACAGGCCAUAUGUCCGCAAACAAGAGACCUCAUCCCACACGAAGACUGCGUUUCCACCGAUAUCGAGAGAAGCCCUGAGAGACGAAAGCAGAGGUUGCAGACAACGAAGGAAUAG